AACAAAUCCCGGCAUGCCCCUGGGCGGCCCAGGGUGGAGGGUUCUAGAAGGUGUGACGUGGGGUCGCGAGCGGGCUCCGGAGUGGGCUCGGAGGCGGGCGCCUCUCAGCUGUUGCCGUGGCCGCAGCUGCCGGACCUGGGGACGCGGGUAGCCGGGGUCGCGAUCGUAGCCUCCUCGUCUCGCCGGCCAUGGCCGCACUGGGCCGGCCCUUCAGCGGCCUCCCCCUGAGCGGCAGCUCGGACUUCCUGCAGCCGCCGCCGGCCUUCCCUGGCCGGGCCUUCCCGCUGGGGACGGACGGCGCCGAGUUGGCCCCGCGGCCGGGACUCCGCGCAGUCCCGAGCAGCCCUGGCGGGAGCGCAGCGCGCGGACGUGUUUCCGUUCACUGUAAAAAGAAACACAAGCGAGAGGAGGAAGAUGAUGAUUGUCCUGUAAGAAAGAAAAGGCUAAUUGAAGCAGAGCUCUGUGGUGGUCCUAAUGACUGGAUUCUUUGUGCACAUCAGGGUGUGGAGGGUCAUGGAGCAAAUCCGUGCGCUAGUGGCCUUUCUGUACCUGGCAUGUUAGAUGUUGUUUGUGAAGAAAUGGAUCAGACGACUGGAGAACCACAGUGUGAAGUUGCCCGACGGAGGCUUCAGGAGAUUGAGGACAGGAUAAUUGAUGAAGAUGAAGAAGUUGAAGCUGACAGAAAUGUUAAUCAUCUCCCUAGUCUUGUCCUUUCUGAUACCAUGAAAACUGGUUUGAAAAGGGAAUUUGAUGAAGUCUUUACAAAGAAAAUGAUUGAGUCCAUGAGCCGUCCUUCCAUGGAGCUUGUGCUCUGGAAACCUCUCCCUGAACUCCUUUCUGAUAAGCCAAAGCCAUCAUCUAAUGCUAAGAACUACACAGGAGAGAGCCAAACUAAGCAUGCAGCUGUUGGCACUGCCUUCCCUCAGAAAACUGAACUGUUCUUAGAACCUCGGCAAACAGGGAUGCCUCUUUACAAUAGUUUGGGGACAGCUGCUAACACAGAAGAAGAGAUGGAACUCUAGAAACCAGUUUCUACACUAAAGUUGUCAAAUUUUAGAAGACUCCUGUGUUCAAUUAUGAGCCGACUUGUGUAGUAUAGGGACUUGAAAGUUUUAUGAAACGGGUGUAAUAAUAACUCCACCUGUGAUUUGGGGUGGGACUCUCAUUUUGGUAGCCAUUUAUUGAAUUCAACUUUUUGCCAAGGAAGUUUGUCUCAAGGAAAAAGCAGUUUUCUAUGGGGCUUUUUAAAGGAAUGUUGGAUGACAGUCUCUUCAAAGGCAAGUAUAGAAGCUGUGUGUGUAAGAGUAACUGAAGCUAUCUGUCACUGUUGUCUAAACUAUUCGGACACUUGCAGACUAUUCUUCUUGAGUU